AUUGCAUUGAAAUGUAUUUCAUCCUAUGAAUAACAAUUGGUUGAAAUGGCGAAUGUGAAACUUUUCAAGCAAUUCAUUUGUUCAAACAGUUUAUCAUUAACAUCAAAUGUUACUAACGUAAGCCAAUGUUCAAGUCUCCUAGCUAAAGAUCUGAAACAUUUAAGGUUUACCUUUUUUAUGCAAAUUGAGUCUUGAUCAUUGAGUUGUUACGUUUUUCUUGUACAAUGUUGAUACAUUAAAACAUAUUGAAAGUUAUUGGAAAAUUUUGUUAGUUUAAUCAUUGAGCAAUUGAAAUCCAUAAUGGCUUUUCAAUUGUCAACAGUAGUGUUAAUUGUUUUACAAUUUCAGUUGAGUUUAACUGAUCAUUGUAUUAAAAGGUACUUCAAUCAAAAUUCAUUUGUUUGUGCUUGUGAUACUCGUUCAUGCCCUUCAAUACCGGGAACAACUCGACCUCCUAAGGGUUACAUCGAUCAAUGGGUUUCCUCACGAAGUCUACAUCGUUUUCACUUGACUCGACUCAACCUCAACCGUUUAAGCAGACCAUUAUUCCCUCCAUCACUUGUAGUCACAUUGAGAUUGAAUGAUCGCAGGCAGACUAUCCAUGGUUUUGGUGGGGCCUUCACUGAUGCCACAGGACUAAAUUUAGCUACGUUACCCAUGGCUUUGCGAGAUCAAAUAAUGAGAGAUUAUUUCUCAACCGAUGGAAUAGAUUAUUCAAUUGGUCGAGUUCCAAUUGCUGGAACCGAUUUCUCUGCUCGUGUUUAUUCUUAUGAUGAUAACAACGGUGAAGAAGAUUUAGAAUUGAAAAACUUUGCACUUCAACCUGAGGAUAUAAAUUUAAAGAUCCCAAUGAUCAAAAGAGCUUUAGAACUAAAAAAUGGUCCAUUCAGAUUGCUUUGUAGUCCUUGGUCAUCACCAGGCUGGAUGAAGACUAAUGGCAAUAUUAUUGGAGCUGGCUUUCUUAAAGGCGUGCCCGGUGGGCCUUAUUAUAAAGCUUGGGCCAAAUAUUUAGUUAAAUUUCUCGAUUCUUAUUCAAAAGAGGGAAUCAACUUUUGGGCAAUGACAACUCAAAAUGAGCCAAAUAUAGCUAUUGAGAUUGGUAUCUUUUUAUUGCAUAACCUUCGUUUUACACCCGAAAAUAUGCGAGAUUGGGUUAAAUACGACUUAGGACCUGAACUUGAAAAGGCUGGUUAUGGAAGAGAUAAACUCAAUUUGCUUCUUCUCGAUGACAACAGACAACUUCUUGUUAAUUACACUCAGAUUGUUCUUAAAGAUGAAACAGCUGCGUCUUUCAUCAACGGAAUUGCCUUCCAUUGGUAUAAGAUCAACAAUCAACCACAUUAUAAUGAACUCAAUGUGGUUCAUAAUAACUUUCCGAAUCACUUUCUCAUUUCAACUGAAGCAUGUGAAGGUUAUCAAAGCUCAAGCGCCAUAAAAGCUCAACUUGGAAACUGGACUCGAGCCGAAACUUAUGCCAAAGAUAUAAUCAAAGAUCUUAAUCGUUACACAACUGGCUGGGUUGAUUGGAAUCUAGUUCUCGACACAAAAGGAGGCUCUUCGUAUGAAAAUAAUUCGGCUGAUGCUCUAAUACUUGUGGACACCGAUAGAAAAAUUUAUUAUCGCAAUCCAAUGUUUUAUUCAUUGGGGCAUUUCUCCAAGUUUAUCCCGCCAGGUUCAGUUUACAUUGGCCAUCAAGUUCAAGGCAACUCUCGAGGAGUUUAUUUAGCAGCUUUUGAAGAUCCAAGUAACCAAAUGGUUAUUGUUAUCCUCAAUACAAAUGAUUAUCCAGUCAACCUGAUUAUCAACAAAUUUGCUCAAGUUCCAGUUCCAAUAACUUUGGAUGGACACUCAAUCAGAACAUUGUUAACUCCUUCCAGAAAAGUGAAUUAACUGCUAUCAUUACUGAUAGGAAAAUAUUAAUAUUAUUAAAUCUUUGCUCAAUGAAUGUUUCCCUUUUCUACUUGCAUCUCAAUUCAUCUGUAAUACAAAUCAAUCCUCUUGAGCUAAACAUUACAGAGCAUUCGAACUGUCCAAUUUUGAUUUGAGAAAUCAUCUCUUGAUCAAUCAUUCCAUUGCUUUUUUCUUGAUAGAGAAAGUCUACCAAAGCCAUAAUUAUAGUCAAUGAUAAGGCCCACAUUGAGGCAAUAAACUUUGAUUUUUAUAACGAU